CGUCACUGUUGCUUCUGCUUCGAGCAUCUCCUAGACUCCAUUUUACCAACAUAUGCCCGCGUGGAACAGUCAUGACGAAUCCCGCCCUCCGUCAACAGGUGAUACACAUCUACAAAGGUACUUCUCCGAACUCCUCUGGCUGGGCCGUGAAUACCCCCUAGGAUACGAGUACUUUAGGAAUAGACUGCAUCGUGCAUUUUUGAGCCAGGCGCAUCUUAGUGAUGAAGGGCAGAUUCAAAGGGGGAUUGAGAGGGCGAAAUUUGUGAAGAAGGAAAUCGAAGCAUUAUACUACCUAAGACGGUAUCGCACAUUGAAGAAGCGCUAUGGAUAA